AUGUCUGCAGCAGUUGGAGGUGCUCCGCCAGCACACGGUCAUAGCGAAUCCGUGAACGGAAGAAAUCCCACCAUACCCGCGAUCCCUUCGGUCAACGGCAACGUCUCACUGCCUGACCACACACGUAAAACAUCCAUGACCGUCACGCCUACCGGUGCCAGUGGUUUUCCAACCAACGGCACCGUACCGACCGGUCCUCAAACCAAGCCCGGUGUCACCUUUGGCUCGUUUGGCAAUCCCUCUAGUUCUCCCGCAAUGGGAACUCCGUCUCUUGCUCAUCAAAACACAUCCAAUUUGGGUGUCAGUCAACUGAACCCAAGAGACAGUGCUGCCUCGAACUCGCCAUCCCCAAUCCCUCAGCCUUCCCACCUCGUUGGAGGCCGCCCGCCCACAUCUAUCACUGGCUCUAGCAACGGUUAUACCUUUGGGGAUAUGCCAGUCGUGCCACGAGAUUCAGGGGACCAGAUGAUGCAUCGGCCUCACCCACAAUUUGGUAUCCAGCAAGAGCACAUGCGGCGAGCAUCAUCGCAGUCUGUUCACAGUGACGCUGGUAUGCAGUCCGCUCCUAAUCGGGGUGGCGGCUUUCAAGGUGGCCGAGGAAACAAGAACUUCAACAACCCUCCAUACCAGCAGCCGAUGCAAUACUCUCCGCACCAGUCGUUCCGCCAGCCUCCAAACAGUCGCGCUAUGCAAGGCCAGUACGGUGGCCGAGGUCAACAGAUACCCUUCCAAGGAUCUCCCGCCAUGGGCACCCGAAGCCCUGCCCUCGUCAACGCUACCCCAGGAACGCCGAACAUGAACCAGAUUCAUCUGGUCGGCAGUAUGCAAGGAAUGCCCGGACAACCCAAUGGAUAUUAUAUGGGACCCCAAUAUGUAAAGCACCACCCGUCGCAAGCGUCUUCCCGUGAUGAACCCGUACGAGAGAGAGGUGGCAGACCUACAAGAGGCCGAGGCCGUGGUGGUCGUCAAGGUGGCCGCGGCAGAGCCUCUGGUAGGGGUGGACAUGAGGAAGGACCCCUUUUCAGCAGAGAUCCCGCCUCGGACCACUAUCGCCCCGAUCUUGCGAAUCGUCCCGCUGUUGCACCUCCCCCUAGUUAUUUUUCUUAUCCUGAUCUUUCUCCCGAAAGUGGUAAUUUUGAACAUUUUCUGACUGUGAGAGCACAGGGUUUUGGGCUACCGACCCGAGCUGACCCAAGCAUCGAGAUGCACUAUCAGCAACAUUUCCAAGGACAACCGAGUAUGCAGGGACAAUAUCCUCCCCAAUACAUGCCGCCACAGUCCCCCAGACCCCCUUUCCAGCAAAAUGCAUUUCCGCCGAACAUGCAAGGUACCUACAGCAACCAAGGCGGGCCCCCUUCGAUGUCCAGACAGUCAUCACAGAUGUCCGCUCCUGAUCGACCUGGUUCAAGUGUUGGCCAGGCUCCUCACACUCCUGGUCCUUCUGGACCUCAGCAGAACGCACGCACGCCUAGCGCAUCCGGUCAAAAACCCGCCUAUACCAUUCCUCCAAAGAAAAGUGCUGCAAUUCAGAUCAAGAACACGGCUGGUGAGGUGGUUUCUUUCACCAAGCCCCCCGCGUCCCCCGCGAGUGCUACACCAGUGUCCGCCGUCGCUUUACAAACAGCACCCACGCCUCCAAGUCGUACGGCGAGCGCCGCUGACAACACCCACAACCGAACCGACAGUGCCAGUGUAAAGACGGCCGAGGAGGCAAGGAAGUCCAUGCAGGAGGCCAUCGCCAAGAAGAUUGCCGAGGAUGAGGCGAAGAACAAGCUAGAGAAGGAGUCCGCGCAGACUACGCAGCCCACUCGGGACACCGCAGAUACUUCUGUGCAGCAGACUUCUCCAAGCGAGGCUAAAGCGCAAGACUCAGAUAAGCCUGCUACGAAUGACGCAGUCGAGCAGCCGGCGGAAGAGGCCAAGCCAACAGAAAAGGCGGAACCUGAGAAAGUUGAAGAGAAACCUAAGGAUGAGCCUGUGGCUCCUGCCAAACCGGAUGAGGAUGAGAUUGAUUUUGAUGCAAUCGAGGCCGAGUUGGCAGCUAUAGAAGCGGAAGAAGCUCGUCGUGAAGAGGAGUACAAAAAGAAGAAGGCAGCUGAAGCCGAAGCAAAGCGGAAGAAGGAAGAGGAAGAGGCCGCGGCUUACGAAGCCAACAUGAAAGAAAUGGAACGCAAGGCCGAAGAAGAAGAGCUCGCACGAGAGAAAGAGAAAUCGACAGGAGCAACGACGGACGAAGCGAGCAAGAAGAUGUUUGCUGAACUCAAGGCUAAUCCCUUCGGCACUCCUGCUUCUACUGAAAGCCCUGCUGCACAUACUCCUGCCGAAAGUGGUACAGCUACCCCAGUGUCGGAUGUUUCCAUGCCUCCUCCCACUGCGAAGGCUCCGGCCAAACGUGGCAAGGCCGCAGAGCUCACCCUCGACACUAAGAAACCUGUUGAGCCUCCUGAGCCAAGUGCUACAUUGAAAGCUCUACAAUCCGCAAAGAAGCUUGCCGAUCUGUCCAAAGUUCAAUAUCCGUCUGACAUCGCUUCACCAAGCCCAGCUCUAAACGCCAAUGCACCUGCUGACCGAAAAUUCAAAUAUAACAAGGAAUUCCUCUUGCAGUUCCAGUCCGUCUUCAAAGAGAAGCCAACUUUGGACUGGGAUACUCGCAUCAGGGAUGCGUUAGGUGAUGGUGACACUUCAGCCAGACCCAGUGGCUCCGCCAGAACUCCUUCGGGUAUGGGUGGUCGGAACCCAUCGUCACGUGGACCGGCCGCCAUGAGCAAUUUUGGAGGUCCCAUGGGUAGCUUCGGAGGCGCUCGUGCAAGUCUGCCUCCUGGAACAACUUCUGAACAGCGAUUUGCGGCUUCCAAUGCUGCUCUUAGAAGUGGAGCAAUAGCCGGCAAUCCUUUCGCUCAGUUUGGUCGACCUGGGCAGAUGGCUCCUGCCAUGGGUCGUACUCCGUCCAGCGGUCCGCUUGGCCCCAUUCCGGGUUCUCCUCGCGUUGGUGGUGCCAGUCGAGGUGGAUCUCGUGCUGAAAGCAAGCGCGGUAAGCAAAAUGCCAAGCAUGCUCAGGAAGAGAACAAGUCCAUGCCUCUGACUGCUGGCAUGAACAUCACUGCUCUGGAAACAUCCGCCACCGGAUGGAAACCGCGCAGUAUCGGUCAAGGUGCUGCCGCCGCUGGCCCAGCUCCUGGUGGCGACGGCCUAAUGGAGCCUGAUGUGGUGCAGCGCAAGGUCAAGGCCGCACUGAACAAGAUGACUCCCGAGAAGUUUGACAAAAUUGCUGAUCAGAUCUUGGAGAUUGCCGCACAAUCUAAACACGAGACGGAUGGCCGUACUUUGCGACAAGUCAUUCAGCUCACUUUCGAAAAGGCUACCGACGAAGCUCACUGGGCACCAAUGUAUGCUGCUUUCUGUCGUAGAAUGCUGGAAAGCAUGAGCUCUGACAUUAGAGAUGAGGGCAUCAAGGAUAAGCUUGGUAAUGUGGUCACAGGCGGCAAUCUCUUCCGGAAAUAUCUUCUCAACCGUUGUCAAGAGGAAUUUGAACGAGGAUGGAAGAUCAAUCUCCCUACUGCAAAGGAGGGCGAGACUCAGGAAGCCGUCAUGUUGUCCGACGAAUACUAUAUCGCCGCAGCUGCCAAGCGACGUGGUCUUGGUCUAGUCAGGUUCAUUGGUGAGUUGUUUAAACUCUCAAUGUUGACGGAACGUAUCAUGCACGAAUGCGUGAAGAAACUGGUCGACUAUGAAGGCACUCCCGAGGAAGCCGAAAUUGAAAGUUUGACGAGUCUGCUGCGAACGGUCGGUAAGCAGCUUGAUGACCCCGAAAGCAAGGGCAAGGGUCGCAUGGAUGUCUACUUCGACCGCAUCAAUCACAUGAUUGCUAUACCAGAUCUUCCAAGUCGUCUCCGAUUCAUGCUCAUGGACGUGGUCGAUCUCCGAUCCAAGGGUUGGGUGUCAAAGGAGGCUGACAAAGGUCCCAAGACCAUCUCUGAGAUCCACGAAGAGGCUGAGCGCAAGGCUCGUGAAGCAGAACUUCAGAGACUUGCACAGCAAGGUGGCGGACGUGGUGGUGGAGGCCGACUUCCCAUGGGCCGUGGUGACGCUCGAAGCUUCAGUGGCUACGGAGGACAGAUGCCUCCUCCCGACACAUCAAACCGUGUGGGCACCGACGAUCUCCGGAGGCUCGGGAACCGUACUGCUCGGAACCCCAGCCACACUGGUGCUGGCACACUUGGACCGCCGAGUCUGUUGGGCGGACGUACCAACAGCGGCCGACGCGGUCUUGGACCUGGCGGCUUGUUGUCCCGCGGAGACGACAGUGCUAACAGUAGUCGUACCGGCACUCCUCCGGCUGGCAAGGAGAAGAAGGAUGAGUCGAGCACAAAUGCUUUCAGUGCGCUUGCAGGUCUUGAAAACGAGGCGCCAGGCUCACCGCCAUCAAACCCUGCCUCUCCCCCCACACAAAAAGCACAGCCGAAUGUCGAUGGCGAUCGAGCGAGAUCACCAGACAAACCCGAGUAA